AAAGACUCAGUGAGCGUCUUAAUAAUACUAAGGUGCAAUGGUAUUCAAUUCCAGUUGGUGCUGGAAUUGCAUUUAUCGCCUUUCAAAACUUUUUGCAUCAUGUUAAAGAACAUGAGGAAGAGCAAGGACAAAAGAAAAGUGCAGAAGGAGGGGAUAAAAAAGAAUUGUCAAAACGUCCUACCGUUAGUGGGCCUUGGCAGGUUCACGUUUUGGGAGCUCUUCCGCUUCGAACUUUAUCUCGAUUAUGGGGUAGAAUUAAUAAUGAGUUAACUUUGCCUGUUUGGUUACGAGAGCCUAUAUAUCGUCUAUAUAGUAGGAUUUUUAACUGUGAUUUAGAGGAAAUCGAGGUAUCUCCCGCAGAUGGUAAAGUGCUAAGCUUUGGCAUGAUCAAUGAAGGCAAAUUGGAACAAGUAAAAGGAAUCACUUAUUCACUAGAUGCUUUCCUGGGUCUUAAUAAGCAGACUGAAGGGGUGACUUUUAUCACAGCAAGCAGCGAUAUGACUCUGGUCGAUGAAAAAGAAUUUGCCAUUUUAAAUGGUAUUCAAUAUACGUUAGACACACUUUUAGGAGAUGAUCCAGCUCAAGCUGUUCAACAAGAAAGUGAAAUUGAUGAUGACUUAAUCGUAGUAUCGUCUCAGAAAAAUGUUGAAAGUCGAGAAGCUUUGGUAUCGAAAAGUGUGCUUAAAUCACCUUUGUACUCUAAAGAAAUACAACCUCAUCAUCGUCAUACGGUGCAUAAGGAAAAUGGUUUAUUCUUUUGUGUUGUAUAUCUGGCACCUGGAGAUUAUCAUCGAUUUCAUUCACCGACGAAUUGGGUCGCGGAAGUGCGACGACAUUUUGCUGGAGAACUUUUCUCUGUUUCUCCGUAUAUGACCAAUUUGAUGCCUGAUUUAUUUGUGCUGAACGAACGUGUUGUAUUAAUUGGAAGAUGGAAAUAUGGUUUCUUUUCGAUGAUCCCUGUUGGUGCUACCAAUGUCGGUUCUAUAAAGAUUAAUUUCGAUCGGGCGCUUAGAACUAAUCGAAAAGAGGAUUUGGUGGUUGGAAAAUAUACCGAAGUAUCGUAUCGAAAAGCCAGUAAGCUGUUGGGUGGUUAUCCGCUAAAAGCCGGUGAUGAAAUGGGUGGAUUCGCAUUAGGUUCCACAAUCGUAUUAGUAUUUGAAGCACCUGCUCGUUUUGCUUUUUCCGUCGUUCCUGGGCAAAAAGUUAAAUAUGGACAAACUUUAGGCGAUUACUAUCGUGAGCUUGAUAAUGAUUGA